CCCGCGCCCGCCGCGGCCCCAGGCAGACUCGCGAGCAGCGGCCGCGGCCGGCGGCCGAGUCAGGAGGAUGCGGCGGCGCUCGCGGAUGCUGCUCUGCUUCGCCUUCCUGUGGGUGCUGGGCAUCGCCUACUACAUGUACUCGGGGGGCGGCUCCGCACUGGCCGCGGGCGCGGGCGGCGGCGCUGGCAGGAAGGAGGACUGGAGCGACAUUGACCCAAUUAAAAAGAAAGACCUUCAUCACAGCGACGGGGACGAGAAGGCGCACAGCAUGGAGACCCUCCCUCCAGGGAAAGUGCGAUGGCGGGACUUUAACCAGGAGGCUUACGUUGGCGGGACAAUGGUCCGCUCCGGGCAGGACCCCUAUGCACGCAACAAGUUCAACCAAGUGGAGAGCGAUAAGCUGCGGAUGGACAGAGCAGUUCCCGACACUAGGCAUGACCAGUGUCAGCGAAAGCAGUGGCGGGUAGAUCUGCCAGCCACCAGCGUGGUCAUCACAUUUCACAAUGAAGCCAGGUCAGCUUUGCUGAGGACAGUGGUCAGUGUCCUUAAGAAAAGCCCGCCCCACCUGAUAAAAGAAAUCAUCUUGGUGGAUGACUACAGCAAUGACCCUGAAGAUGGGGCUCUCUUGGGGAAAAUUGAAAAAGUACGUGUACUACGAAAUGAUCGGCGAGAAGGCCUGAUGCGGUCGCGGGUGCGGGGCGCCGACGCGGCACAGGCCAAGGUCCUGACCUUCCUGGACAGCCACUGCGAGUGCAACGAGCGCUGGCUGGAGCCCCUCCUGGAGAGGGUGGCCGAGGACAGGACCCGCGUUGUGUCCCCCAUCAUUGAUGUCAUCAACAUGGACAACUUUCAGUACGUGGGUGCGUCUGCGGACUUAAAAGGCGGUUUUGACUGGAACUUGGUGUUCAAAUGGGAUUACAUGACCCCUGAGCAGAGGCGGUCCCGGCAGGGGAACCCCGUCGCUCCCAUAAAGACCCCUAUGAUUGCUGGAGGGCUGUUCGUGAUGGAUAAGCUCUAUUUUGAAGAGCUGGGGAAGUAUGACAUGAUGAUGGACGUGUGGGGAGGAGAAAACCUGGAGAUCUCGUUCCGCGUGUGGCAGUGUGGCGGCAGCCUGGAGAUCAUUCCCUGCAGCCGCGUGGGACACGUGUUCAGGAAGCAGCACCCCUACACCUUCCCAGGAGGCAGCGGCACUGUCUUUGCCCGAAACACCCGCCGGGCAGCAGAGGUCUGGAUGGACGAGUACAAGAACUUCUACUACGCAGCAGUGCCUUCUGCCAGAAAUGUCCCUUACGGAAAUAUUCAGAGCCGACUGGAGCUCAGGAAGAAACUUAACUGCAAGCCUUUCAAAUGGUACCUGGAAAACGUCUACCCAGAGCUAAGGGUUCCUGACCAUCAGGAUAUAGCUUUUGGGGCCUUGCAGCAGGGAACCAACUGCCUGGACACUCUGGGCCACUUCGCUGAUGGUGUCGUUGGUGUUUACGAGUGUCACAAUGCUGGGGGCAACCAGGAAUGGGCCCUCACCAAGGAAAAGUCAGUGAAGCACAUGGACUUGUGCCUGACCGUGGUGGACCGGGCCCCUGGCUCCCUCAUAAAGCUGCAGGGCUGCCGGGAGAACGACAGCAGGCAGAAAUGGGAGCAGAUCGAGGGCAAUUCCAAGCUGCGGCAUGUGGGCAGCAACCUGUGCCUGGACAGCCGCGCAGCCAAGACAGGCGGCCUGAGCGUGGAGGUGUGCGGGCCGGCGCUGUCGCAGCAGUGGAAGUUCUCGCUCAACCUGCAGCCGUAGUGGGGCCUCCUGUCUGCCCGCGCCCGGCCACCCGGCGGCGAGCACGUCAUCAAGUCUGUUUCUUAAACUUUCCGAGAAACUAUAUACCUCAGUAUUCCAUCAUGGUCUGCCGGUCGGGAGACCUCAGCGCGGUGCGGGCCGCGAGGAGAAGGGGCUGCCGCGCCCUCCGCGGCCCUGCGCCCUGCCCGCCCAGCGCCGCUGCGGAGCUCCGAGCCCGCGGAGGGCGGACCGGGAGAGAACGGGCGCCCUGCCGCACAGCGAGGCGGCCUCUCCUGCCUCCGCCCGGACCCAGACGUCCCGUGCGGGGUCCACCCCGGCCACGGCCUCGGCGAUCCCCCCGCCCUGCCUCCCAACUGUCUUACCAGCGCAGACCGCUUCCACGUGGUGUACCUGCCCUCUUUGGAUAUGAACUUUUCCACGGUGGACACUAAACCCAGAUAUAUGAGGAGAGAAUGUACGGUCAGUUCCUAUGGUUCCUGUAAGUCAUCCUCAUCUUGUAAAUUCUCCACAAGGCCCAUCAUAGCCGCGAGGAGGGGGGGGGCCGGCGGGAGGAAGGGGCUCCCGUUGCCCCCGGAGCCUUACAGGUGAGGUGGUGCCCCGCGCCCGCUGCGCGGUCCCCCCUCCACUCCCCGGAGGCUAGCGCUGCUCGGAGGCCCCCACCCCACCCCGGCAUCUCGGUCUGGCUUCAGCUGGGAGUCACGCUCUGUGUUGAAAUCCACUUUUUGUGCCCUUGGUGUCUGUAAACCCUGGACGGGUUACUUAUUAGACAGAUAUUGCUUUGGGUCUCUGUAAAUUAAAUUUCUUUUCUCUAAGGAUAAAGUGAGCAAAAAACAAUCUCCCAGCUCACAGUGAUGGUGGGAAGCUGUCACAGGCAGCAUGGGGCGCCCUGUGAGGGCC